AUGUCUUCACCGGCGGCUGCCAGCGGUGGUCUAGCUGACCCGCUGCUGGCGGCGUCGAUCGACGACGGCGACGUCGUGGUCAGCGCCAAGGACAGGUACUGGGUGCCUUCCGACGAGAAAGAGAUUCUGGCGAGGCAAGACUGCGCCGCUGGGACGCCUCCGCUGCUGUACCGAACCUUCAGGGUCAAGGGCUUCCUCAUCAACCUUUACAGGUUGUUGACCCUGAUUAGAGUUGUGUUGGUUAUUCUAUUCUUCACUUGGCGCAUGGAUCACCAGGACUCUGACUCAAUGUGGUUGUGGUGGAUCUCGGUUGUAGGGGAUCUUUGGUUUGGGGUAACUUGGUUACUAAACCAAGUCACCAAACUCAAACCUCGAAAAUGUGCUCCCAAGCUAUCUAAGCUAAGAGAACAAUUCGAUUUGUCCGACGGGAUCUCUGACCUCCCCAUCUUGGAUGUAUUCAUUAACACCGUCGACCCGGUGGACGAGCCUAUGAUCUAUACCAUGAACUCCAUCUUGUCGAUCCUUGCUACGGACUACCCGGCUGAGAAGUAUGCCACAUACUUCUCGGAUGAUGGUGGAUCGCUGGUUCACUAUGAGGGGUUGCUCGAGACCGCAAAGUUUGCUGCUUUGUGGGUUCCAUUUUGCCGGAAACAUUGUGUAGAGCCAAGGGCCCCCGAGAGCUACUUCGGGAGGAAUGUGCAACCGUACACCGGGAACGCAGCCGGUGACUUCCUUGAUGACCAUAGGCGAAUUCGUGCGGAGUAUGACGAGUUCAAGGCAUGCUUGGAUGGGCUUUCUACUGUCAUUGAGGAACGAUCCAAUGCGCGCAACAGUGCAAACACGAAACAAGGACAUGUAAAUGCAACUUGGAUGACAGACGGAACGCAAUGGCAAGGAACAUGGAUUGAGCCAGCCAAGGGCCACAAGAAGGGACAUCACCCUGCAAUUCUUCAGGUGAUGUUGAAUCAGCCCAGCAAUGAUCCUCAGCUGGGCAAGCCAGCAAGCUCCGACCACCCUCUCGAUUUCAGCGCCGUCGACGUGCGCCUGCCGACGCUUGUGUACAUUGCCCGAGAGAAGCGGCCGGGGUACGACCACCAGAAGAAGGCGGGCGCCAUGAACGUGCAGCUGCGCGUGUCUGCGCUGCUGUCCAACGCGCCCUUCAUCAUCAACUUCGACGGCGACCACUACAUCAACAACUCGCAGGCCUUUCGGGCCGCCAUGUGCUUCAUGCUGGACCCGCGCGACGGCGACGACACCGCCUUCGUCCAGUUCCCGCAGCGCUUCGACGACGUGGACCCCACGGACCGGUACUGCAAUCACAACCGCAUGUUCUUCGACGCCACCCUCCUGGGCCUCAACGGUCUCCAGGGCCCCUCCUUCGUCGGCACCGGCUGUAUGUUCCGUCGCGUCGCGCUCUACGGCGCCGACCCUCCAAAGUGGCGGCCCGACGACGCCAAGGCCAAGGUCUUGCAAAGGCCAAACAUCUUUGGCAAAUCGACGGCGUUCAUCAACUCGAUGCCUGCGGCGGGGAACCAGGAACGAUCCAUCGCGUCGCCGGCGACGCUCCAAGAGACAGCGGCGACGUCAGCGGAGCUUGCCGACGUGAUGACAUGCGCGUACGAGGACUGCACGGAGUGGGGAAACGAUGUCGGGUGGGUGUACAACAUCGCGACGGAGGACGUGGUGACCGGGUUCCGGCUGCACCGGAACGGGUGGCGGUCGACGUACUACGCCAUGGAGCCAGACGCGUUCCGGGGCACGGCGCCGAUCAACCUCACGGAGCGUCUGUACCAGAUCCUGCGCUGGUCCGGCGGUUCCCUGGAGAUGUUCUUCUCCCGCUUCUGCCCGCUCCUCGCCGGCCGCCGGCUCCGCCCCAUGCAGCGCAUCGCCUACAUCAACAUGACCACCUACCCGGUGUCCACCUUCUUCCUCGUCAUGUACUACCUUUUCCCGGUGUUGUGGCUCGUCCACGGCCAGUUCUACAUCCAGAGGCCGUUCCAGACGUUCGCGCUGUUCGUCGCCGUGAUCAUCGCCACGGUGGAGCUGAUCGGCAUGGUGGAGAUCAGGUGGGCGGGGCUGACGCUGCUCGACUGCAUCCGCAACGAGCAGUUCUACAUCAUCGGCACCACGGGCGUGUACCCGAUGGCGCUGCUGCACAUCCUGCUCAGGUCCCUCGGCCUGAAGGGGGUGUCCUUCAAGCUCACGGCCAAGAAGCUGACGGGCGGCAAGAGGGAGAGGCUCGCGGAGCUGUACGACGUGCAGUGGGUGCCGCUGCUGGCGCCCACGGUGGUGGUGAUCGCCGUGAACGUGGCGGCCAUCGGCGCCGCGGCGGGGAAGGCGAUAGCCGGGCGGUGGUCGGCCGCGCAGGUGGCCGGGGCGUCGACGGGGCUGGUGUUCAACGUGUGGAUGCUGCUGCUGCUCUACCCGUUCGCGCUCGGGAUCAUGGGGCGCUGGAGCAAGAGGCCAUACAUCCUCUUCGCUCUGCUAGCGGCCGCGGUCGCUGCCGUCGCAUCGGUGUACGCCGCACUCGCCGGCUCCGUGCUAUAUUUCCAUUCGUGA